UCCGUCUCGAAUGCGGGGGAUCCAGAUGCGCGCCCGUGCGAGGCACAACUAGUCCGGUUAGAGCUCGGAUGCCAGGAGAGAGAGAGCGACACGCUCACAAUCUAAGACGAGCUGCGAACGGAAAGCUGCAGUGGGAGUAAACAAAAUAAAGAAAUAACAGUAAUAACAGACGACUAACUGCAUCACCUCGGGAAUACGCGGAUGGAAGACUCGAGCGCGCGUGAUUUUGUUUAAUUCGGCUGGAAUUAUAAGGAUGGACGCGCAGCUUGGAAUUACCGGCGCUUUAAGAUUAUGAACUAGUGUGGACCUCUCCUAACCUCCUGCACUUGCCAUUUUGUGCAUUGUCGGAUUUUUUUUUCUUUUCUUUUUCUUUUUUUUUUUUUACAUUUGUUUUCUUCUCUGAUUUUUAAAUCUCUCUCUCUCUAUUUAUAUCUAUAUAUAUCUUUUUCAUUUCCUUUCUUCUUUCAAUGUCGUGAGUCCUCCGUAUAUUUCUAUGCUUCCAUAGCCCGCGUGACCGAAGCCCGGUGGGCGGAUAGAUAGUGAAAAGCUUUACUCCGCCACUGAAAAGCUGCUCGUGUGAUCUUGUGAACUGAGGCGCGUCAUGGACGGCGAACUUCGUUCGUACCUAAAAAACGCACCCGGCACUGUCGAAUAACUGCUGCUGGAAGAGAUCAGGACAAAUGACAUAGGAUGAACACUGCUGCCCAGCUGUGUCUGCGUUUGCUGUCGUCCCUUCUCGCCCUGGCCUGGGUGGCAGUGCCGCUGUGCCAGGCUUCCCCCUGCUCCUCCCUUGUGGCAGGGGUGCUCUACGGCUCCUUCUCCCUCAGGGACCUUUUCCCUGGCCCACACGGCCUAAGAACUGGCUGCUCGUGGACAGUGGAGAACCCUGAUCCGACCAAGUACACCCUCUACUUCCGCUUCAACCGCCAUGCCGGUUUUUGUCUAGCUUUCUCACCGCUAGUGUUGCCCCUGGACCACUAUCUCGCCAACCAGACGUGUGGACAGGUGCUUCCCGAAACAGAAUCUGUAGAGCCUUGCCAGGUGCCUGGUCCUCAUGCAUUCCUGCAAUUUGAUAAGAACUUUGUGCAGUUGUGCCUCGCUGCAGAGAACAAACAAGAUUCAGAUGAAGUGAAGGGACCUCUGUCUGUUGAAACGCUGGACUUCAGACUUGUGGAAGUUCUGCUUAUUAACAAUGAGAAUUCCAGCCAGUUUACGUGUGGCGUGCUGUGCCGAUGGUUUGAGGAGUGCCUCCGUUCCGGCUCUGGUAGAGAGAGUGAAGGUUGUGGAAUCACCCAAACGGGCUGUGUGUGCCCCAAUGCUGGGCCUCCAGUGCCAAUACUUCCUGUUACCCCUCACAACCACUCUCUUGACCCCAGUGCCAGUGUGCUGCUGCCACCCACUGAUGACUGCUGCGUUACCCAACUGCAUGGCAAGAACGGUAUCUCCAACAUUGCACCCAGAGAUGUACAUCAAGACUUUGAUGAUGACGAACAGAAGGUCAAGACCCAGAGGCCAAGAUCAGCCGACCAGCCGGGAGUGUUCCAAGCCCAAACAGGUGAUCCAGCAGCUGAAGAGUGGUCUCAGUGGAGUGUGUGCUCAUUGACGUGUGGGCAAGGAUGGCAGGUGCGUACUCGUUCCUGUGUGUCCUCUCCGUAUGGCACACUGUGCAGCGGACCGCUGAGGGAGACGCGCCUCUGUAACAACACUGCCACCUGCCCAGGUGAGCCCCAGCAUCAAGCAGUGGAGGGGCAGUGGUUGGAUUGGGCUCCUUGGUCUCAUUGUUCAGUAUCAUGUGGGACUGGAACUCAGCAGAGGCAGCGGCGCUGCAGUGUGUCUGUACACGGCUGGGCCGAGUGUAAAGGUCCGCACUCUGAAACAAGGGAGUGCACUAACCAGGAUUGUGAUGGGGGUGGAAACUGGGGAGCGUGGAACCAGUGGAGUCUGUGCUCGAAGACGUGUGAUUCGGGAUGGCAGCGCCGCUUUCGGAUGUGUGAAGGCACAGGGAUCCAGAAUUACCCCUGCGAUGGCACAGGGGAGGAAGUGCGCUCCUGCAACGACAAGAAGUGCCCAGCAUCUCAUGAGAUAUGCAAGGAUGAGUACCAAGGUUUACUGACGUGGAAAAGAGCUUCAGCUGGAGAGACGGUCUACAACAAAUGUCCAUCAAAUGCCACUGGAUCUGCUAGUCGUCGAUGUUUGCUGGACGCUAAUGGAGUUGCUUACUGGGGUCCUCCGAGCUUCGCCCGAUGCAUCUCACUUGAGUAUAGAUAUUUACAUUUAUCUUUACGAGAGCAUCUUGCGAAGGGUCAGAGGACCCUGGCAGGGGAGGGCAUGUCUCAGAUCGUGAGGAGUCUCCUGGAGUUAAUGUCCCGCCACAGCUAUUAUAGCGGCGACCUCUUAUUCUCUGUGGAGAUUCUCCGAAAUGUGACGGACACCUUCAAGCGAGCAACCUACAUCCCAGCUCCCGACGACGUGCAGAAAUUUUUCCAGAUAGUCAGCUUAAUGCUGGACAUGGACAAUCUUCAAAAAUGGGAAGACGUUCACCAGGUCUCUCCAGGUGCCAUGCUGCUAAUGCGAGUUGUGGAAGACUUCAUUCAUCUCAUUGGGGAAGCGCAAAAGCCUUUCCAAAGCUUUCUUGCUGUCACCACUAACCUCAUAAUCAAUAUCCAACGAGAGCCAGUGUCAGCUGUGUCUAGUGACAUCAACUUCCCUAUGAAGGGACGGAGGGGGAUGAAAGACUGGGCACGCUCAGCAGAAGACAAACUCUUCAUCCCUAAAGAAGUCUUCACUCUUUCCUCUGAUGAAUCGGAUGAGGCUUCCUACUUUGUUAUUGGAGCCAUUCUCUAUCGCACCCUCGGCUUUAUUCUACCACCACCAAAAGAUCCUUUGGUGAUCAGCUCAAAGAUUUUAAGUGUCACAGUGCGUCCUCAACCUAAACCCACAGAACCAGUGGUCGUAGUGGAACUGGCACCUCUGCUGAAUGGCACAUCACAGCCACAGUGUGUAGUGUGGGACCACACCAGCCUUGAGGCUGGGGAGGAAAACUGGGACGCCGAAAGCUGCAAAACGCUCCCGUCGCCGGCGGCCCACACCAAAUGUCUCUGCAGCAAGAUUUCCACCUUCGCAGUGUUAGCACACAAAGCUAAAGACCCGGAUAUGGGAGUAUCCAGCUUGCCUUCAGUACCACUCAUGGUUGGUUGUGGGGUGUCCUGCAUGGCGUUACUCAUCUUGUUGAUCAUCUAUGCUGCCUCUUGGAGGUAUAUUCGCUCUGAGAGGUCCAUCAUUUUGGUGAACUUCUGUCUGUCCAUUUUGGCCUCGAACAUACUUAUAUUAGUGGGACAGUCUCAGACACUCAGCAAGGGGCUGUGCACUGUGACUGCUGCCUUUCUCCAUUUCUUCUUUCUGGCCUCCUUCUGCUGGGUUCUGACAGAAGCUUGGCAGUCUUAUCUUGCUGUGAUUGGCAAGAUUAGGUCACGCCUUAUUCGCAAGCGUUUCCUGUGCCUGGGUUGGGGUCUGCCAGCCCUGGUUGUUGCUGUAUCUGUAGGAUUCACCAGAGCUAGAGGCUACGGCACACAAAACUACUGCUGGUUGUCGCUGGAAGGAGGGCUUCUCUAUGCGUUUGUUGGUCCUGCAGCCGUCAUUGUUUUGGUGAACAUGCUUAUUGGGAUCGUGGUCUUCAACAAGCUGAUGUCGAGAGAUGGCAUCUCAGAUAAAUCUAAAAAGCAGAGAGCUGGUCCAUCGCUGGAUGCACGUAGCAGACUGCUCCUCCAGUGCUCCAAGUGUGGGGUGAUCUCCAGCACCGCUCUGUCCAGCUCCACCGCCAGCAGCGCCAUGACGUCAUUGUGGAGCUCGUGCGUUGUUCUGCCGUUGCUGGCUCUCACGUGGAUGUCAGCAGUGUUAGCCAUCACAGAUCGGCGCUCCACGCUCUUCCAGGUGCUCUUCGCAGUCUUUGACUCGGUCCAAGGCUUCGUCAUCAUCACUGUUCACUGUGCCAUGAGGAGAGAGGUACAGGAUGCUGUGCGCUGUAGAAUGGGAGGAUGUAAGGACGACAGCGAAAACUCCCCAGAUUCCUGCAAAAACGGCCAGGUGCAGAUCAUGACUGAUUUUGAGAAAGAUGUAGACCUGGCAUGUCAAACAGAGAGGGGACAUCCAUUCAUCUUCAAGGAGGUGAAUACAUGCAACCCAGCUAGCAUCACGGGUACACUGUCACGCAUUUCCCUGGAUGACGAGGACGAUCCCAAGUUAGCCACCCAUCAAGAAGGCAUCAACUUCAGCAGUCUGCCCGGCAACAUUCCCCCACCCAACCUCCUGGCACAGGUGCCAACUCUGGGCACGUUGAACGAGCUCAAUGAGACACCCCGGAAAAAGGAUGUCAACGUGGAACAGCAGGGGCAGCACCAACGCUCUGCACCGGUUUAUCUGUGCACCGAGAGUGCACUGGGUUGGGCAAGGCCGUCCACUGCUGCCACUGAUCCAGCCAGUGGUGAAGGGGACUACAUGGUACUACCUCGGCGGACGGUCAGCCUCAAGCCCAGUGCGAUACAAGAAGAGGAAAAACCUCUCAAUAUCAGUGUGGAAGACCCACCUUUUCCUCCACCCCCUUCACCUAUGACCCUUCAUCCAGGCGACAGCGAGCCAUACCCAGCAGAAUUGGACCAUGUAGGUCUGAACCGAUCCUAUGGUACUGUCAAGCAUAUACCCGGCCUCGCAAGUGCACACAUGUUGGCGGUGAAGCAAAGCCGGCCAUCCAUCAGACAGAUCUUCACUUCCGGCAAGGCCGAACGUACUAGGACCCUGCCCCGCAAUUUGGGCAGUGCUAAUGCCAAUGUCUCAGCUGGCUCCCUGGAAAGGAAAAGAGUACGAUACUCUGAGCUGGACUUUGAGAAAGUGAUGCACACUCGCAAAAGACACUCAGAGCUCUACCAUGAACUCAACCACUCCACCAAGUUCCACACCAUAGAUAGGUAUAGCAGGGACCCUGCCAUGGCCAAGUUUAAGGACAAGGCCAUAGCAGAUGAACAGCAAUCCUGGGACAGCUUUAAGACAAUGACAUCUGUGCCAUCAUCCAGUUCUGGCGGACAAAAAAAGGAUCGAGUAGAGCUACACAGUAAAGCCUGGGACGCUUCCUCUGCAAACACUCCCGACACAUCCGAGGGAGACUUCCAGACUGAAGUGUGAGGAAACACACACACAAGAAGGACACACACAUAAAUGGAAUGAGAUUUACCAAAAGGAGAAUCUAUAAAAGGAUUAUACAUUUGUUUACGAGAAUAGACCGUUUAAAAAAAUUAAAUAAAAAAGACUUCUAUAUUUUCUCAUGGACACUUUCAGUGAAUGAAAAUGGGGCUCGGAGAGUAUAUGGGAGAAUUUUUAACAAACUGUUUCUGAAAUGUCUUGAUUUUACUCUGGAAAGGAUUCUCUUUCACACAUUUGGAAAUUUGGAAAAAAAAUAUUUCUGCACCAUCCUUUUUAUAGAGAUUUAAAAAAAAAAUAAAAAUACCCCGUACUCAUGUUUCGCACACAUGAUCGCCACCGUAGGGUUUUGUUCCACCCUUAUUUCCUGUCUUUCCUAAUAAAUGACUCUCUCUGUUUUUGGGGGAAGGGGAAGGUUUAACACGAUUCAUUAAUAGGAUCAAAGAUCAACCCUCUUAUGAAUUUGUUGUUUUUUAUUUCCAGUUUCCCUACAUUGUUUAAUUCGUUUGCUUAAAAAGUGGAAGAUUGGAAAAAAGAAAAAAAAAAAAAGAUUUCUGUGCAAGUAUGGUUUAUUCCUUCUGUGUGACUGUGUGGAUGUUUUUUUCCCUAUGUUCCAUUUUUUUUAAAUUUAUAGCAAUCAUAUAUUGUGUGUUACUCUAAGUCGAUUGCAUAACAAAAGAUUAAUAAUCAUGGGGAAAAGAUAUAUAGUUUCAAUUUAUCCUCCCUUCUGUUCAUCUCAUCUGAAAACACUCAUGAAGAUCCCAUUUCUGCUAGAUAAAAUGCAGCCAGACUGCAGUAUCUCUCUCUGCUCUGUAGUAUCAUUCACCAACUGCUUGAAGUGCUUAUUGAUUCUGCGUUGAUUCAGUGGCUGCUAUCCACUUAAAAUGGAGGAAAAUAAAGUCUGUUGCCAGUGACCCUAAACUAUCUGUUAGCGCAAAGUCCAUUUGUAAUAGAGGCUCAAUAACAGAAUUUAUAAAAGGCUAAGCUAUGCCAUAACAGCAGAGCCUACAUCAGCAGGGCUGGGAGAGAUUUACAGUGUACCUUCUUCUCUAUAGUGAAGUCAUGCUAAAGUCAUAUGAAAAGCAGGAUGUUCAGACCUUAACCCCCAUAAAAAAAGAAAUAAUAUCAGUAAUUCAGUGAACGAUGUGAUCAAGUACGUCGGAUGCUUAUGCAGUUAGAAAUAAAGGUACGGAACUGCACUUUUUCUUGUUGCUAGGAAAGUAAAGUACCUCAAUACCUCUAAACAAUGAGCCUUAAGGACAGCUGAUGUAUCUUUAAGACUUUAUACAACAUGCAUAUUCCCAGGAAAAUGUUACAUAGCCUGCUAAAGGUAUAAAAGAUCUCCCCUUAAUGGUAGCACACCAGUGACACAAAAAAGUACAGUCUGGAAGCUUUAUUUCUGCAAGGUUAAAAAAAAAAAAUGUCUGUCUGGAAGAAGUCUAAUUUGGUCCACAACAGUGACAGAAAAUGUUCCAUAUUUCUGGUAAUCUCCAUGUUUUUUUGUUUUUUUUAGUUAAAGUGGUUAAAUAUAAUUUGAUUAAAAUAUAAAUAUAUGUUGAUUGAAUAUAAAUCAACAGAUAAAAGGAUACAGAAUUUAAAUUUUACCAACAUUUGAAAUUGUUGACUUUAUACAGAACGCUUUUUGCUUGUGCUCCCCUUGUUAACAAGGUUAAUAUUAUUUAAACAUAAGUUUGUGUGGCAGUCUGGGAAAAAAAUCUACUUUGGCAGACAUCUUAUUAAAACAAUGUGGAAAUUGCUUUUGUUUUUCUUUUUUAUUUUAAAAACUUUAUUUAGCCGUCUGCCUCCAGAGAUCAAACAAACACAGCUGUAAAAAACAGUUUGGCUGACAAAAAUGUCUAACACCUUGUUAGUCCUCUGUUUGAUCACAUUUUUUUAUAGUUAUAUACAGUACAGUGGUAAAGUGGACACCAAAUGUCACGUUAUCAUCUGCAUCAUCAUCAUCAUCAUCAUCAUCAUCAUCAUCAUCAUCAUCAUCAUCAUCAUCAUCAGUCUCAUCAUCAGUAUAAAGAAGAGCACUUAAACACUGUACGGGUGAUGGACCAUGUUUUAAAAUCUCCUCAUAAAUGAAUAAUAAUAAAUUUAGCCAACAUAAUUGUGAAAAGUCAAGAAACAAUGAAAUGAGAUUUGGGUUUAAAUGCUGUGAGUAAUUUUUACCUCAGGUGUUAAAAGUCACAAAGUCACCCAUAAAAGUCUUUAGCAAUUUUGUUGUUUUUGAAUGAGUAGAUUAGGUUAUAAAUGUAGUAGUAGGCAGAAUAUUGGGAUACACACACUUUUAAAAGGCUUUGCAAUUUAGAUGCGAAGAGAAUCAUUUUUAAUUCAAGAAGUGGUGUGAAGGGUUUUCCCAGACCGCCACACAUUCCAGCACUUUAAACGCAAUGGCUCCGUAUUUGGCUCAAUGUUGCAUGCACUAGUAGAGUUGUUAUUACUAAAAAAUUAAGGCAUAAUUGUGGAUGUCACACUCUAAUACACUUUAGUACUUUUGACAAGCCACAAAGUCACAAAGCAACCCCAAGAAUCCCAUGUAGAGAAUAUUCACUUACUAAUUUUUUUUUUUGCUUGUGUUGUUCCUAAAUCUCACAAACAACACAAACAACUCAUGUAAUUUUUAAUCUAACUCUAACUUUUUUUUUUUUAAUCUUAAAAAUGCUUAUGCUAACACCGCAGCUCUGAAGGCUCAGGUUUAAUUCUGAACUGAGAAUAGAGGUCAUUUUUGUUUCCUCCUUCCCACUGCAACUCAUACCAAUUAGACCAGUUGUGUAGGCUGAUGUAACCGCACACAGAGGCUCGGUGAGAGAGGGAGAUAAUUACCUUUGGGGCUGACAAUUUGUCCUGACAUUUUCCCGCUCGGUGCAACAACCAUCUGCUCAAAGAUCCCUGAAGUCACUACAUCAUAUAGCCACAGACCACAAUACAAGAGCGUGCCAUUGUGACCUUAAGAACUCAUCUGCAGUAAUAGAGAACAUGUCACAGGAAAUCACCCUUUUCCCUCCACUGUGAUUAAAAGUGCUUUCCUCUACAAUUUGCAGACGGGGUGAAGCGAUCAUUUUACUCAGCCUCCGUUGAACUAACGUUCAAGCCGAACAUUGCACAAGUUUUUGACAAGUGAGAGCACUUAGCUAGCACUAGCAUUGCUUUGAAUUAUAAGAGCAUCAGGUAAGUACGCUUCACCUGCAAUCUUGUUUCUUUUGCAUUUUAACACACUCUCUCCUUUUCACUAACAGUGCCUAUCUUUUUGCCUUUUCAGUUUCUUUCUUGCUAUUUUGGUUUUUAUUUCUAAAACCACAUGGUACCUUUAAGUAUUAUUUA